AUGAAAGUUAGUUUACUCUUGCUCAUAAAACUCUUUUUUAUUUUACAACUUAACAAAGGAUACUAUUUCGUAUCAUGUAAUGAAUCGGAUGAACUGGAAGUAGUUGAGGAUACAGUGAACGUUGAUGAGGACGUAACUGAGGAGCAAACACCCUCUGAGCUUUCUGAGGAAGAACUCCUAGAUAGGUCAGAAGAUUCAUCAGUGUUAACUAGCGAAAAAUUAUUUAAAGAUUCCACAAAAUCCGAAAAAUACGAAUACCAGGCAGAAGUUACAAGACUCCUGGACAUUAUCGUAAACUCACUAUAUUCAAGCAAAGAUAUCUUUCUGAGAGAGCUGGUUUCAAAUAGCGCAGACGCGUUGGAAAAAUAUAAAAUCACAGCAUUACAAAAAAACUAUAGAGACAAAGACGAUGUGGAAUUAUUCGUAAGAAUCCGGUCAUACCCGAAGAAGAGACUGCUGACGAUCUGGGAUAACGGAGUAGGGAUGACGAAAACGGAGUUGAUGAAUAAUUUGGGAACAAUAGCAAAGAGUGGAACAGCGAAUUUUCUGGAUUCACUAUCAAAAGCAGGAAGUGACCCGAACUUGAUUGGUCAGUUCGGUGUAGGAUUUUACUCGGCCUUUUUGGUGGCAGACACAGUGUUAGUACAAUCCAAAAACUAUGAUGAUAAACAGUACGUUUGGAGAUCCUCGGCAGCAAAUAACUAUGAGUUAUAUGAGGACACAGAUAAUAGCUUAGGAGAUCACGGUACACUGAUAACUCUUGAGCUUAGAGAAGACUCAACAGAGUAUCUUAAAACCGAUGUGUUGGAGAAUUUAGUUAAAAAGUAUAGCCAGUUUGUUAGGUAUCCAAUCCAGCUUUAUAAGAAGUUGAAGGAUAAACAGGAAGUAGGAUGGGUUAAAGUAAACGAAACCCAGCAAAUAUGGACCAGGAACAAAAAUACAAUUACAGAAGAAGAAUAUAAUCAGUUUUACAAGACAAUUAGUGGUAAGAACGAUGAACCUUUGACCCACGUUCACUUCACAGCGGAAGGAGAUGUAGACUUUAAGGCACUUCUUUACAUCCCAAGUUCUCCACCAGGAAUGUACUUUAGCACAGAAUCAGUGGGACAUAACGUCAAGUUGUACUCUAGAAGAGUACUUGUAUCACAGGAAAUGAAAGACUUCAUUCCCAGAUACCUCUUCUCAAUAUACGGUGUGGUGGACUCCGACUCGUUCCCAUUGAACGUAUCAAGGGAGUAUUUGCAGCAGAGCAAGCUCGUAAAAUUGAUUGGGAAAAAGGUGGUGAGAACAGUUUUAGAUACAUUGUAUGACGUGAUGAAAAAAUCACAAGAAGACGUUAAGGAAACUGAAGCCGAGCUGGAGAAGGUAAAGGCAGUGAAGGAGGAGAAGGAAUGGAAUAGUUAUAAGAAGGACUGGAAAAAGAGAAAUGAGGUAGAAUAUAAAGAAUUUGAAGAAUCAGCAAAGAAAGAAUCAGAUAAGGAGGCUAAGGAUAAAAAGAGUUCAUGGUCAAGUGAUUUGGAGAAGAGAAAGAAGAAAUUGGAGAAGAAAUUAAAGGAUGUAGAUAAAUACACGAAGUUCUACAAUGGAUUCAAGGGAAGCUUGAAGGUCGGAUGCUACGACGAUGACCAGAACAGGAAAAAAAUUGCAAGACUAUUAAGGUAUAAGACAUUGUUUAGUGAAAAGGAACUUACAUUUGAUGAGUAUGUUGAGAAAAUGCCAGAGGAACAAACUGAGAUAUACUACGUAACAAGUGAAAACUACGAUGACCUUAAACAGUUGCCUCACAUCCAAGGCCUUAAGAAGAGAAAGUAUGAUGUACUAUACCUUCAUGACACAAUGGACGAGGGAUGCUUGACAAAACUUGAGGAGCAUAAAGGUAAGAAGUUCAAAAACGUCCAAAAGGCAGACUUGAACCUAAAACUGACUGAUGAGGAACAGAAGGAAGAGGAACGAAAGGAGAGUAAGUAUAAGCCGCUCCUUUUGUACCUCAAGGACCUCUUGCCAGAAACCUCUGGAGUUAAGUUGUCAAGAAGGCUUGUUGAAGACCCUUGCACAGUGGUUGCGUCCGAGUGGUCAAUGUCAUCUCACAUGGAAAAGCUCAUGAAAUCCUAUGCAGUUCACAGAGACGACAGUUUUGACAUGUUCAACAAACUCAACAGUAAGGUACUCGAACUUAAUCCUGACCACCCAAUCAUGGUCAAACUCCUUUACCUUUAUACUCAAACUCAAAAACUAGAUAAAGUGGAAAAAAAGGAUGAACAAAAAGAUAAAAGUGUAGAAAAGGAAGAAGAAAGUAAGGAGGAUGAGUCUAAAGAUAAAAAUGAAGAGACUAAAGAUGAAACUAAAUCGAAAGAGGAUGAAAGUAAGGAUAAAGAAACUGAAUCUAAGGAUGAAAAAGAAUUGGAAGAGAAAAGAAAGGAAUUAACAGAGAAGAAGAAAAAGUAUAUGAAGAGAUUGGAUAGAUUGUUUAAGUUAUUGUACAAUGCAGCCAAGUUAAAGAGUGGUUUCGUGUUAGAAGAGCCACAGCUGGUUGUUAAUUACUUGUACGAAAAGCUUAACAGGUCAUUGGGUGACUUUGUAGAAAAAGACUUUGAGUUUACCAAAAAUCUGACACUAGACGACUUUGAAGUUGAAAAGGAGGAAGUAAAGGAGCCUGAUGGAGUCGAAAAUCUGGAAGAACAGAAGAAAAUGGACGAUGAAGAUGUAUUCAAGUUAGAUGAAGUAGAAUAUCCAGGAAAAGAAGAUGAAAAGACACCAGAAGAAAGGAAAAAACAACUGGAAGAAGCUAGUGUAGAUCUAAAGGAAAUUUUGCAAGGUAGGGGUCCAGAAGGGUUUGACUUAACAGGAGGAACUGUUGGUGACACAGGAGGCGAACCAAUGUUUGACCAAUUCAAAUCCACAGGUGUAGACGUAGAUAAACUCAAAAGUAAAGAAGAAGAUUACGAUUGGUCCAAUGAUGAAUUAUAG